AUGUCCACCGCGACCGCCCUGGUCAAGCGCCGUCGCCGCUUGCAACACGCCCGAGCCGCCACAGCCAGCAUGGCAACGACUACGAACUUCUACCACUCCCUGACCGCUUCCCUCGACAACACGCUCUCGCGCAUCGCACCAACGACUACAAGUAGUGCGAGUACAAAAGGGAAAACUUCAUUCCUGGAUCUACCAGCCGAGCUUCGUGUACAAAUCUACGAGUUGGUGCUACCUGAAGCCAGAACGAUUCGUGCGCAGAAACCGUUUGGGAUCAUCAGAAUGCCGCAUCUCUUGAUGGCCUCGAAGCUCAUCCGGAACGAGGCGCUGCCGGUCUAUUAUCAGUUGAACACGUUUCAGGUGGAUUUGUUCAUGGACCAGUUUCUCAGCGCAGCACGAUGGAUUGCGGGGCGAGUCCAAGAGAUGGGAGGCAAAGCAAUGCGGAAAGUGGUUUUCGCGAUCUCUUGCCCGCAAUGGGAGACCGUGCCAAAGAUUGUUCCGAUGCUGGAACUGAUCUGGAAUCGUUCCCUCGCCCUGGACGUCGCGAGCGUUGUGGCGAGAAACGAGGUCGCGCGAGAAACGCACCGUGAUGGACCUUUCCAGAUCGCGGCAUCGUACUCGGCGGGUUAUAUGCAAGCUGGUAUUGAGGCGGCAGCGGUGCAAGCCGAAAGAAUUGGAGCGAAUGGCGGGUCGAUGGUGGAAGUGGUUGAUGCGGCGGCUGCGGCCCUUGGUCAUAUGGCGUCGUUGUCCAAUGAUCGCAGGUUCGCGCUGAAAACGCGCAAGUACAAUCUUUAUCAGAAGCUGGCAAGAUGGCGUGCCGAAUACUAUAAGCAUUGCGAAAGCCCUCCACUGCCAGAGGAAUCACAUGAGAAGCUGUACAGAAGGAUGUGUCAGAGGUGGGCGCCGAAGCCGAUGGUCCUGCGAAGAGAGAGGUCGACCAAGACGCGCGAAGGAUCAUUGAACGAGCACCAGAGAGAGCAACACGCCGAGAUAUACCAGACACUUUGUCGAGGGAACAGCAAAACUGCCACUGCAAGUGACAGAUUCUCGAGGCGGGGGUGA